UUUAUACAUUACAAUUUUUUUAUUUUGCUUCUCAAAAGGAUCCGCGCCUAGCGAGCCUGCACAAGUACAAUACAAUGUAAUGUAACGCAGCUGUUUAUAUCUACGCGAUCCUCUCCUCGUUAGACAGACGCCCGCGAAAAGCCUGCAGAAUUUCUAUUUUAACUCCACUGAAGACUGAAAAUGUCACCAGUUUGGAUAUGACGGAGAUGGGGCGUUCGAUGUAACCAUGGAGACGCUGGAAGCUAGUGGGAGGAGCGACCCUGUUAUCGUUUGUCCCUCAGAGGAUGAGCUCAAAGAAGAGCCUGUGAUGAAUGUCCCUUGUAUAGUGGAUGGAUGUAAAAAGAUAUUUAACACCACAGCAGCACGCAGCAUACACAUCAUACAAACACAUAAGAUUUAUAAGGAUGAGGAGGAAAAGAUGAGGUUUGAUCGAUCGGUUCAGAAGAAAAUGACCAAGGUCAUCAAGCACUUCUACUGUCCAGUCAACACCUGUAAUAGAAGCAAAGAAUGGAAUAAGCCAUUUUCUAGACUUAGUCUGCUUAAACAGCACUAUUACAUCGUCCAUGCUGAAAAGAAGUAUCCUUGCCCGAAGUGUGAGAAAAGAUUCAGCACACAGAGUCACCUUGCCAGCCAUGAGAGAGACUGUGGCAAGGACUUCUUCUGCACGUGCGGAGAGAAGCACAAAUCUUCCACAUCGCUCUACAUGCAUGCCAAGCGAAAACAACAUGAACUUCCUGAUGAGUAUCGCUAUAAUAAAAGAAGGAAGCCUGCUCCUGAACCACCUAAGGAGACCUAUAUCUUGGUUGUCCCAGUCCCAUGUGGAAAUACAAGCGAUUUCCAGAAGACAAUAUGUGAACCUAAGACCCUCCUUCCUCAUCCUUCUGCAAGAACUCUGUUAUCGCUGUCUGGAAAUUCACAACUCGUCAACAGGACCUCUGCAACAGUCACUACCCCCACACAAGUUGGAACUGCGACUGUAGGUGUUGGCCACAAUACCCUGAGAAAAUCUUCUACAUCAGCAACUGCAUCUACCCAAACUGAUGAUUCUGGGGUUAGUCCAUUGCCACCCAAGCUGUCCAUGAAUAGUUCCUAUGCUCAGACAUCGCAUAGCUGCUUUCCUAAUUUUAUUCCCAUGUUGAAUGGCCCAAGAAGACAUAAAAAGACUCUGGCUGUACAGACACUUGGUAAUUGGUCACAGGGUCAAAUAUCAAACAAAAUGGCUUCUACAGAAACCCAAACAUUGGAUGGACAGGGUACAACAGAACAGGGUCCGUUAUCUCUUGGUCUACAGUUUGCCAUACCCUCUCGUUUGCCACCACAGGGGAAAUCAAUUUCUAGUCCAAUGUUUCCUCAGUUUUCAAGUCCUGCUUCAUUGACUGCACCUCAAGAUGCACUGUUGACAUCAAGUCUAAACUCUGGGAUUGUUAAUCCUCAGGGAACUGCCCUUGAAAAUUCUCAGCUUGACACAAACAGUACUCAAACUCCAUUGAAUGUUGAGGCAAUCAGUAACAAUGCAACCCCUGAUCUCACAACAACUUCAGUGGACCCAGAAAAUAAAGUGAUAUCUCCUAAUGAAGUACGUACUCAAACAGACCUUACUUUCCAGAACUUCUUGGAGUUCAACUCAUCGGAAACACAAACUCUUUCCAGCGUAAAUGAUGCCAUGACAGAAACGAUUGAACCCUCAUCAUCUCAAACAGCAGGAGCAAAAACAGGAAAUCUAUCAAGUCCGAAUGUGGCAACCAGUGCUACCAGUAUGUCUCCUGCACCUUCAAGUCUAGGUGUUGAAAAGAAGUCUACUGCUGUGUCUCCUGCAGGUUUGAGCCCAGGCAUACAGGUGAAUGCAACAGGUGUGAGACCGGUGCCUUUGUGUCUGGAUGUACAGACUGGACCCUCUAGCUUAUCUUCUGAAUCAACAGGCACUGGAGCUCAGACAAGUGCAAGUAGCAUGACUCCUGUUCCCAUGAUACUUGGUUCUAGUAUAUCUCCCGCAUCAUUAGAUUUACAUAGUCCGGUCAGAAGCAUGGGUAUAUCCCCUGCUCUUCAGGGUCUUGGAGAUCAGGCCAGUGCUACAAGCAUCUCCCCUACACCUGGUAUAGCUUUGUCUGGUUUGGAGCUUCUGUUCCUGGCUAGUACAGAGCACAGAGCAAACUCUUCACUUGAGAUGCCCAGAAUGGAUGAGCCACUGUGCUGCCAACAGACUCAAACUGUCUUUGAUGCUGACACUGGCCACCAGGAAACACAGACUGCCUGGGACUGGAGCCUCGAUGAAUUCUCAUUCCUUGACCAGUAUACCCAGACAGCCAUGAGUUCAAGCGCUGGUACUAGUAGCAACAGCAGCACGACCACCAUGCCUGAGACAGAUCAGUUCAGCCAAACAGGGAUUGACCUUUACUCACAGUUUGCCUUCUCCAACACUGAGACACAGACAGUAUCAGUCUUUGACUUGGAGAUGUUUGGUAACUCUAUCUCCGUCCAGACUGAAGCAGGAUCAGGGUCUAAGCUGCUUGAAGGAGAUGGCCUGAAUGAGAUCACUAAAGAGGUUCAGGUGUCAACCUUGGAGUCCCAACAGGAAAGGGUCAGUGCAGAUGUCCAGACUGAAGACCUGGACUUUGAUAGGCUUCGGAGUAGACAGAUGGGCAGUGGUCAGCUGGCUAGCAGUCAUACACAAACAUCUCUUUGGGAGGAUAUUGAAUCGAUAAUCAGGUCGGAUAGCUUUACCCAAACUCAGUUCCCUUAAAAAACAAAGAUUUGCUAUUUGACUGUUACUGUUGACCUUCUUCACCCUGGGUAAUCUGCAGUUCAGGGGAGUGUUUCAUGAAUUGAUAUCUGCAAUAAGUUAAUGAAAUUCUUGUACCUGAUUUGCUAACCGCAAAUUGGUCAGUAGCAAAAUAUUUCUUCAUCAAACACUUUCCUGGUUAUCAAAUUGCACUUUCAAAGAACUUCAGUUAACUGGUAGAAAUUUAAUGGAAAAAGGAGAUAAAAAUACAAUUAAAAGUGCAACUCAAUAUUUGCACAAGUUAGUGAUACAUGUACAUGUACAGCUUGUUAAAAAAAAUAAACACUUUGUUAAUAACUGGUAAGAUACAGUAUUUUAAGUAUUCAUUAUUUGAAUGAGAAAGCUGUGACAUAUUUAACUGAUUUUUUUUUCUGUGCUGAUGUCCAUCAAUCAUCAUUUACAUGAAUGGUUUUUAAGGGGGCUAUUUACCUUAAGUUCAUGUCAGUUUACAUUUUAUCCUGAAUCCUAUAACAUGGAUGGCAUAUAUUAGGGCUAUUUAUUAACAUUCCUAAGACCUUUUAGAUGGUUCCCAUACCUCUAAUAAUGGGCAUUUUUUGGUUGAUUUGAUCAUUCAGAAUUUCCAAUCAAAGUAAAUUUUGUGAACAUCUAAUUCAUAAAUAACUAUAUAUUCAUUUCCGACCUCCUUUCCCUCAUAAUGAAAUGAGUGUGAAUUUUCUGUCAUAGGGAAAUAGGAAAAUAUGACAAAGUAAUUGCCUUUCUUAUGAAAAGUUUAUAAGAGUUUAUAAUGGGUUUGUAAAUAUGAAAUGAAAUAUAAACAGUACUUUAUCCAUAUGUUAUUCCAAUUAGAUGCUGAAUAAUUAUUUGUGCAUUAGUACUGCAAAUCACUUUCCAGGUUAUUGAUUUACUUCAUAUUUUAUCUUUUAGGAGAAAAAAAGGUGUCCAGAGAAUUUCAUUGCAGUUAUGCUAGUAGAUGAUAUGCCAGUCACUUAAAUGCUAUUUUUGAUUGAAAAAUUCAUCUUGUAUUUUCACCUCUUUGUAGCUAUUUGCAAAAUAUUGUAUUAGAGGAAAACGCUUUACAUGUAUAUGCAAAUGAAGUUUUACAGAUUAUUAUUACCUUGUUAAUUUGAAUUUUUUAUUUAUUCAUUAAUUGAUUAGAGUAUUAUAUGGUUGGUUCCUCAUAUUAUAUUUGAUAUUGUAUGAGGAAUAUACUAUUAUAUUAAUAUUAUUCAUGAAUGCAUUUAUUUUCUGAACGUUUAUGGUUUUAUGGUUUAUAGCCUUAUUUUUACAUAGUCACAUGUCUAUUUUAAUAAAAUUACAAAAUGGUGAAUGAAAAAAAUCACAUGUUGAAAUUUCAAUUUUAGAAAAUAUUAAUUGUGAAAUUUAUCAGCCUGAAGAAAAUGAGCGUGUACUUAAACAAUUUCCAGGAUAUACAUGUAGGUAGAUUUUUAGAUGAACCAUAACAAGAUAUGUACUAGAGUUAUACAUUGUUUUUUUUUUGUUAUCCAUUGAUGUCUGCACAAGUCAACAUUCUUUUAGUCAAAUUCACCAAAUUCUAAGCAGUUCUUUCGACAAUUGUAUGCCAAAAUGUUUCAUUUACCCGUCAUAAAUCUAAUUUCUCCCAAGUUACACAGAUUUUGGAACUGAGGUCCUUGGGGUUUGAUUUGGGUAGAGAUGUACCUGUAGUGAAGACUUACAGAGCAUUUAGUUUGCUGCUUAACCUUGUCUGUACUUCAAAACAUAACAAAUUAAAUGAAGAUUGAAUACAUUUUAACUCAAAAUUUGUGCAUACAGGGUUGGGUCUUCUUUUCUUUACAUUACUGCCUGACACAACAUCAAAUGAUCAACAAGUUAUGUGUAUCAACUGGGCUAAAUUACUAGAUCAAUAGAAUUAUAUGGGAAAAGGGGCAAGUUUUGAUAGACAGACAGACAGAUAGAGAGAGAUGUAGACUUUUGUCUAGAGAUUUCUCACAAAGUAUAACCUGCAAUUAAGGGAUUUCUUGUGAAAAAGCAACCCAUUUGGCCAACACAUACAUCAUGGCCCGUAUUCUGAAGUCAGGUUUAACCUAGAGCAUGGUCUAACUCUGCUAAAAUUAUGGGGAGCCAAAAACUUUUUUUUUUAAAUCUGCUUAUAUUUACUAUUUUGUAUAAGUUUGCUUCCAUAAUGAAGAUAAUAUUUCAGUUAUCAUUCUGAGACAGUUAUAAAUGAUUUGAAAGUCCGAAGAGUUAAUAAGAGACAUUUAUACGUGAUUUGAGUGUCAGAAGAGUUAAUAAAUUGAACAUGUACUAAUACAGAUUUAUGCCGCAAUUGGCUAUUCAUAGUUAAACUACAACUUUAAACCAGGGUUUGAUUUAAACCCAAGUUCAUACGGGGCCAUUGUGUAUAAUUUACCCCUCCCACAAGGAACUAUAUCAGCUCGGCCUACAUACACUAACAAAGAAGCAGCUAUAGAUUUGAGUAUGCAUAUACAGUAACAUGCUUAGUGCUAUUGCAGUGUGGAUGUUGUUAUUCCACUCUCUUUUUUUCAGAUAAUUGGUGUCCAAAACAGAUAAAUUUUGAUUUUUUUUUUAAUAUGGAAGUAAUGAAAAAUCAGAAUGUCUCUCGGGAAUCAAAUUUCAAUUCAUAGAACAUGAAUCAAUUCAGUAUCAUAGUCAUAUUUGUACAACCAACUAUGCAAAUUUACGUCUAUAUUGAUGAGUUUCAGCACAGCAGAUGCAUCUGUCUGAUUUGGUUGUUGUUAAGGGGGGGGGGGUAAAAUUAAGUAGUACUUCACAUGUCACCUAUCAGUAUGCCUUGAUCAGAUAAAUUUUUCACAAAGAAUGAUUAAAGUGACAUUUUAAGUGCUUCUUGAGCAAUAAGGAGUAUAUGAUAUUCAAUGCUUGGUAAAUGACUACACCAGGGUUGGGCUAUGUUUUGAAGAAAUGUUCAAUUACAAUUACUUUUCAAUUAAAUUAUAAUUUUUUUCAAUUACAAUUACCAAUAAUUUUUGUCAAUUACAAUUCUAAUCACUUUCUAUAAAAGUCAUAAAUGAAAUUAAUUUGUAUUAUGUACGUAGCAUCACCUAUUCCAACAUAAUUCUCUUAAGUUACAGAGAAACUAUACUGUUAAUUAAAGAGCACCAAUUCUGCCCAUUUAACUCUUUGAUGCUGAAGCAGUUGACAUGAAUAAGUCAUACAAUUAAAUCAUAAGUUAAGUAAGUUUAUUGUAAAGUGAUUGAAUGUUAUUAAAAAUAAUUGAAGUCAAAUACAUUUUUGUCUCGCCUGCAUAGCAGAGCGAGACUAUAGGCGCCGCUUUUCCGACGGCGGCGGCGUCGUGAACAUUGAAAUCUUAACCAAGGUUAAGUUUUUGAAAUGUCAUAACUUAGAAAGUAUAUAUAGAAAAUAUAAGGACCCAGCUCAUGAAACUUGGACAUAAGGUUAAUCACGUAUUACUAAACAUCCUGCCUGAGUUUCGGGUCACAUGACCAAGUUCAAAGGUCAUUUAGGGUCAAUGAACUUAGACCAUGUUGGGGGAAUGAAUAUCGAAAUCUUAACCAACGUUAAUUUUUGAAAUGUUGUCAUAACUUCGAAAGUAUAUGGACCUAGUUCAUAAAACGUAGACAUAAGGGUAAUAGUGUAUCACUGAACAUCCUUCCCGAGUUUCAGGUCACAUGAUUAAGGUCAAAUGUCACUUACAGUCAACGAACUUUGGCCAUGUUAGGGUUAUUUGAGGAAUUGUCAUAACUUUAAAAGUUUAUGGAUCUAGUUCAUGAAACUUGGACAUAAGAGCAACCAUGUAUCUCUGAAUAUCGUGUGUGAGUUUCAGGUCACAUGACCAAGGUCAAAGGUCACCUAGGGUCAACAAACUUUGGCCAUGUUGGGGUUAUUGAGGAAUUGUCAUCAUAACUUUGAAAUUUUAUGGAUCUAGUUCAUGAAACGUGGACAUAAGAGCAAUCAAGUAUCCUUGAAUAUCAUGUGCGAGUUUCAGGUCACAUGACCAAGGUCAAAUGUAAUUUAGGGUCAACAAACUUUGGUAAUCCUGGGGUUAUGUGUGGAAUUGUCAUAACUAAAUUGUCAUAACUUCCCAUGACAAGUGGGUCCUCACAGAAGACUAGCACAAAUACCCCUUGUUGUUUGAUAGGGGCCUUCUGUACACAAGUCAUUGGCAGGGGCUUUAGGCUGCAUAUUCAGACCACUUUCCUUGAGUGAAGAGUUUGCACAGCAAUUUACACCCCCCAUGGAUCCUUUGAACAAAAAAUUAUAAUUUUCGCGAUAAUCUUGUGAGAAGAUAGAAUAUAAACUGUCAAUGGCUUUAGUAAGUAGUAUAACCUGCAGGAAAAUCAUUGUAUUGGGGUCCCAUUCCAUAUAAAUACUACUAUGAUAGCCUAAAUGACUUAUCACUGUUUCCAUGGUAAUUACCAUUGAUUGCAAAUUUGUGCCCCAUAAAAGUUUAACUAUGGAUACGCGCCUGCCCUACCAGUUUUACUAUAGUUUACUUGUACUUCACUGUUGUAGACAUCAAGAAGUAUUACUCAUUUGAAAGAUUUUGCUGAAACUAUUUACUUAGUAUAAUGAAAUGUAUUCAUUAUUCAAUGUUAUUUAUUUGCUAAAUUUGAAUAUUAAAAUGCAUAGUGUUUUCUAUAGAAAAGGAA